UCUCCAACCUUGUCAUCUUCUCAUUUUCCCACAAAAUCCUCCCUCCAGCUCUCUCCCUUCACUCUUCCCUCUCAUCGCCUUCAUAUUUCAAAACCUCCCGUCACCCCCCAAAGGAAAAAAAAGAAAAACCCUAGAACCACAGUAGUUGGCUAUGGCGACGAAGGCACCCAAUUUAGAGUGUCGAAUGUACGAAGCUAAGCUCCCGGAGGUGGACACGCCGGUGAUGAUUCGGGUCAACAACAUCGGCGACGUGUGCACGUAUGUCUCUCUCCUUGAAUACAACAACAUCGAGGGAAUGAUCCUCUUAUCGGAUCUCUCUCGGCGGCGGGUACGGAGCGUCGGAAGCUUGAUCAAGGUUGGUCGAAUCGAGCCAGCAAUGGUUCUUCGGGUCAAUCCGGAAAAAGGGUACAUCGAUCUCAGCAAGAGGAGGCUCUCGGAAGGGGAUAUUCAGGCGUGUGAGGAAAGGUAUAGUAAAAGCAAGCUAGUUCACUCGAUCAUGCAACACGUCGCUCAGACUGCAAACGUCGAUCUUGAGGAUCUGUAUAUCCAUGUCGGCUGGCCUUUAUACCGAAAAUAUAGUCAUGCUUUUGAGGCAUUCAAGUUGAUUGUUAAUGAUCCUGAUUCCAUUCUUAAUUCCCUCACUCGUGAGCUUAAAGAAAUUGGUCCUGGUGGAAAGGAGGUGACUAAGGUGGUUCCUGCUAUCUCUGAGGAAGUUAAAGAUGUUUUAGUGAAAGACAUUCGGAGACGAAUGACCCCACAACCUUUGAAUAUUCGGGCUGAGAUUGAGAUGAAAUGUUUCCAGUUUGAUGGUGUUCUUCACAUCAAGGAAGCCAUGCGUAAAGCUGAAGCUGCUGGCACUAAGGAAUGUCCAGUGAGGAUUAAACUGGUUGCUCCUCCAUUGUACGUUCUUCAUGCUCAGACUCUUGACAAGGAACAAGGGAUAUCAAUUCUUAAUAAAGCAGUUGCAGCCUGCACCACAGAAAUAGAGCACCACAAAGGGAAACUAACUGUAAAGGAGGCACCAAGAGCGGUGAGUGAACGGGAGGAUAAACGACUUGCUGAACACAUGGCUAAGCUAUACCGUGAGAACACAGAGGUUAGUGGCGAUGAAGAAAGUGAAGAGGACGAUACGGGGUUGGGAGAUGUUGAUGUAGAGAGCCGGAGUUCUCAAAUGACAGAAUAAAAAUGUGGCGGCAUGGUCAAUGACUUCAAAAUUUCUCUUUUUGUUUUUUGUAACAUGUUUUUGUUUUUGUCCAACCUGUCAUAUUGUAACAUUUUCUUUGUCAUCUGAACUGCCAUAUAAAAACAAUACAGUAUCCAACUCAUCGAAACAGUGCUAAACAUUUUGUAGUUAUAUGUUGAGAAUGCAGUUUUUCA